UUAUUUUGUGAAUCAUCUAUCCUCUUUUCGCCUACUCAUUUUUUAAAUCCUUUAUAAUGAGACUAGAAAAAUGUUAUUUUUGUUCAUCGACUAUAUAUCCUGGACAUGGAAUUGUAUUUGUCCGUAAUGAUUGCAAGAUAUUUAGAUUUUGCAGGUCAAAAUGUCACCGAUUAUUUAAAAGGAAAAGAAAUCCAAGAAAAAGUAAAUGGACUAAAGCAUUUAGGAAGGCUUCUGGUAAGGAACUUACAUUGGAUCCUUCACUUGAAUUUGAAAAAAGAAGAAAUAUUCCAAUUAAAUAUGACAGACAAAUUUGGAAAAAUACAGUGGAUGCGAUUAAAAGGAUUGAAGAUAUCAAGAGCAAAAGAGAAUCAAGAUUCAUUAAAGAAAGGUUAAGAGUUGGGAUCAAGAAAAGGAAAGAAUUAGAACUUAAAGAUAUUGAUCAGAAUAUGAGUCUAAUCAGGGCACCAGUUGCUCGCUCAUCUUCAGACAUUAUGGAAUUUGAAGAAGUGCCACUUUCUGAAAAUCUUGAAAAUUCUGAAGUUUUUGAAAAUACCUUUGAAUCUAUUUUGUCCCAAAGUGCCGCAUCAUCUAAGAAAAAAUCUCUUGCCAAUCGUAAACGUUUAUCAACUCGCGUAUCUAUCAAAAAAAUUACGGAACAUGUUGAAUUAUUAGAAAAUUGAAAAGAAUAAUUUUUAUAAUAACUUGUAAAGUUUUUAUAUUGAAGUGGUUUAACCUUCAAAUAAUGAAUAUGUGAAUCUAUUUCAAUCUUUAUUUUCUUUGCAUUAUUUGUGCAGUUCUUCUAAAUACCAAAAUAAAAUAACAUAUCAACUUAUUA